AUGCCAGAAACACUUUGGGAAAUUGCAGUACAGCAGAAUAGAACUAAGUCAGUACAAAUAGGUACAGAAAACACAUUAAUUUUUGCUGGGAACAAAGGAUCAGGGAAAAGUACAAUUAUCAACCGAUUUCUCGAAAAAGACGAAACUCCUAAAUCUACUCUAGCUCUUGAUUAUAAUUUUGGACGGAAAGGUGCCGGAAAUUAUCAUACUCGAGUUGUGUCGCAUAUAUGGGAGUUAGGGGGUGGUACCAGACUUUCAGAUCUAAUUGGUGUCGUAAUGACAUCCAAUAACAUUUUGAAUCUUCACCUGAUUUUAGUUAUUGAUCUAUCCAAACCAGAGGAACUUUGGGAUACUGUGGACACUUUGUUGAAGUCAGCUUCCGCUCGUGUUGAUCAGAUUCUAAACCGUCUCCACCAAAAAAACAUAAUGCGCAUCCAAAAUAUUUUUGGUGAAAAGUGGAGAAACCGAAUUCCACCAACACAUCCUGACAUAGAACUGUUGAACCCCUUUCCUUUGCCCCUCACAUUCCUGGGGUCAAAACAUGACCUUUUGAUGACCCGAGACACUGAACAGCAGAAUCUAAUUUGUAAAACAAUCCGCUUUCUCAGCCAUUUUUAUGGAGCGUCUGUUUAUUUUUCCUCCACCAAAGAAGAUGGGAUACUUAAAAGAAUAAGGGCUGUUCUCAAUCACAUCGCUUUCAAUGGCAAGGACAUAACCAACGUCCAAAUGGAAACAGGGAAACCGUUGGCAAUCCCAGUUGGUGUCGACUCAUUCUCAAAUAUCGGAACACCACCACAUGAAAAUAUAGAAAUAGGACGUCUUACUGCAAAUUCUCCAUUGGAAAUGUGGAAAAAUAUUUUCUGUAGUAAAUUUCCUCAGAAAUCUGGAUUAGCACUCUCAUUGAGUAAUAUAACACAUAAUUUAACAGAUCCAAGUAAAGAUCCACAAUAUUCUGAACCACUUAUUGAUUCUGCUCGAAAAGUAAAAGAUGAAGAGUUGGAAAGUAAACGACGUCAAAGUGAACGACAUAUGUACAAUUUAUUACAACAAAUUACUUCAGAAGGAUUAAUUAUUGUUUAA